GCAACUGACGAUCAAGUCUGACUGACGCCAACAACAACCAGGACACCCGUUACCAUCCGUGCCGCGACACUCGCAUCCUACAGCUCAGUGUGCGACUCUGUGUGAUUCUGUGUUUUCGACAGUGUGUGCAAGGUGCAAGUGCAAGGUGCAGCAAUGAAUCCCGUAGUGCGUUCCGUUCUAGCCGUCGUGCUGAUCGGUGUGGUUGCGGCCGCCACCGAGGACUAUCAGAGCCAGAGCCUGCGGGCAAUUGUGCGGGUGUACGACGAGUGCUCGAAGGCGGAAACUGGCUUCAGCCCGUGCCUGAAGAAGCGUGCCAUCACCUUCAUCGACCGGCUGUCCCGCGUCGAUGCGCUGGCACUCGGUGAUCUGAAGAUUGUGCGUAACGAGCGGGCGGCGGCCGAGCCGACCAAACCGCUGACCGAGGCCGAGCUGGAGCAGAGCUUGCCGCGCGGACUGGAGGCACGGGAUGAAGCGCUCACCAACAUGCUGCUCGAGAAGGUUGCGGGCAUUUUCAGCAGCCGCACGGUGCAGGUGACCCUGCCCAAGCUGUCCAGCGAGGAGCUCGGCCGUGGCCUGGAGGAAGGCCGCGGUAAGAUGAAGAAGAUGAUGAGCAUGAUGAUCAUGGGCUUCAUGAUGAAGAUGGCCGCCAUGGUGCCGGUGGCGAUCGCCGGGCUCUACCUGCUCGCCGGCAAGGCGCUGAUCGUGUCCAAGAUCGCUCUCCUGCUGGCCGGUAUCAUCGGGCUGAAGAAGCUGGUCGCCAGCAAGCAGCAGCACGGCAGCGGCUGGUCGAGCGGCGGCUCCGGACACGGCGGCUGGGAUCGACGAUCGGCCGAUGCUGCGGCUAUCGCUCAGAAUAUGGCGUACAGUGCCUACGCUAAGAACCAGGCGUAAAGCGUCCAAAUUUCCCCACCAAACCCACACACGCACACAAUUUCCCGUGCUACUUCUUCACCUCCAGCAGAACCAUCACCAAUCCCUUCAUCAUCGUCAUCAUCCAUCUCGAGUCGCGUGACGCAGCACAGUGUCUAGAACAUAUUUAUUUAUUUAUUUAAGUUAUUUAAAUUAUUUAAAGUCGGCCGUUUUGUUUUCGUCUGUCGCUCCUGUUCUUGUGCCGUCGCCACACAAUCGACAAGCAAAUUGACAGCUAACGUUGUGUGCUUUUCUUUCCAAUGACCCUAAUGAAUCUUUUCACCCUUCUCCCGAUGGCCCGUAUGUGGCCACACGAUCAUCCGCAUAUUGCGGACCUCGACCUCUAUUCCAGUCUGUCCUCUGUGCAUUUGUUCCUCUCGCUUGGCCGGGGGGAAAACACACGCGGUACCAAAUCUGCAUACAAUCGGAUUCCCUCCCUUCGUAACGCUUCUCACGUUGCUUCAAUUCUAUCAAUCGUCUAUCAACAAUUGACCCUUUCGUACUUUCUCCGCCCCGUGUUUGUGCUGUGGAGGCCCUUUCUUAGCCUUUCCUUCGCGUCCCUUUAGUUUCCCUAUCAGGUGCAACCUUCGCCACGUUUUCAAUCUCUUCAUUCAAUUGUUUCGCGCGUUUUCACGCCAAUCCCUUUGCGUGUCUUUUCCCAACCCAUCCCGAUAAACUUUCACUUCACUGCCACCUACCCACCUACCUCUUACACAAGGCUCCACGCCUACUCUAAGUGUGCGAAUUUUCCGACAACUCAACAGCCAGUUCAGCACUCCAGUGCAAUUUUCUUUCCCCUACCCAUUGUCAAUUUGCAAAGAACGGAGGACGGGCGGCACAAGUGUGGAUCUCGUGACGGCCAAGUAGGCCAAACAAAAGCAACACACACACACAAACAUAGACACAUUACACAGCAACAGUGAUACAGUAAUGCAAAAAUGUUUGUUGUGUUGUUGUUUUACGGUGGUGCCAGACUUAACUGCAUGACAGUGACGAGAACGACGACAGCGACACACAGGCACCACCAACCACCACCACCACCUACCCUUCAGAUGGCGUCACGAGUUUUUCCUAACUGAUUGUUGUGCCUU